AUGGGGGAUUCGACGAUGGAAUCAGGUGCUGGUAGUAGUGGUGGUCUGACAAAGUUCCUGGUAAAAACUCUUCAGUUGGUUGAUGAUCCAUCUACUGAUGAUAUAAUAUCAUGGAGUCCAAACAACAACAGUUUCAUUAUUAAGGACACUAUUGAAUUCGCCAAGAAUUUUCUUAAAAAUUAUUUCAAACACGAAAAUUUCUCCAGUUUCGUUCGUCAGCUCAAUACAUAUGGAUUUCACAAAAUAAAUCAUGACAAAUGGGAGUUUGCUAAUGAAUAUUUUCGAAAAGAUCAAUAUUAUCUUCUUAGUAAUAUUCGCCGCAAGAAAACUGUUCACCGUCACUCUCGUGGAGAAGUAGAAAGGUCUACAUUUGAAAAAGAAAUUGAGAAACUUUCUAAUGAAAAAGCCUCAAUUGAAUUAGAUAUUUCUAACUUCAAGCAGAAGAUGCCAGCUAAAAAGCUUCAUGUCGAAAAUCUAAUGCAAAGAUUAGAAGCAUUGGAGAAAAGGCAUAAUAAUUUGAAGAACUCAUUUGAAAUGAUUCUUCAAAAUCCUAUAUUGGUUGAAAAAAUGAAUAAGAAAAUUGAGUUCAUUUUUUCCUUAAGGUUUUCCAAUAAAAGACCUUUUCCUGAUGUUGCUGAAAAUGCUUUUGUUGAGAAUGAUAGCUACAAUGGAGCUCUGAAAGUUGGAAAUAGUAUGACUGAUAAUGAUAGCAACUUGGGGUUGAUGGAAGUUGGAAAUGAUUUUACUGACAUUGAUACCAAUUAUGAAUUUUUGAAUUUUGAAGAUAUUUUUGAUGAGAAUGGUAACAACUUUGAAUCUAUGGAAGAGGGAGAAAAUGCACAUCAUAAGGUUAUGGAAAGAAACGCAAACAACAACAACUUUUGA